AUGCCCCACCUUCCGAGAGCUUCUGCUCUUUCAGCUUUCCGUGCAGGUCCCCAACUGCGCGCUCCUGUCAACAAACGCUUCUUCACUCCCUCGGCAUACAACAUGGCCAUCAAGGCUUACUUUGAUUGCUCUUGGACCGGACCCACCGUCGAGGUCGACAACGCUGGCAACGUCACUAGCCAAGGUGAUGUCAAAGCGCAAACCGGCCGUGUCAACUUCGAGCUCUUCGACGAUGUCGUCCCCAAGACGGUUGAGAACUUCCGCGCUCUCUGCACUGGCGAGAAGGGCUUUGGCUACAAGGGCUCAAAGUUCCACCGCGUGAUUCCCGACUUCAUGCUCCAGGGUGGUGACUUCACCCGCGGCAACGGUACAGGUGGUAAGAGCAUCUACGGUCCCCAGUUCGCCGACGAGAACUUCAAGUUGAAGCACGACCGCCCCUUCCUCCUCUCCAUGGCCAACGCCGGCCCUAACACCAACGGCUCCCAGUUCUUCGUCACCACCGUCGUUACCUCAUGGCUUAACGGCAAGCACGUCGUCUUCGGUGGCGUUCCCGACGGCGACGUCGAAUCCUACAAGGUUGUCCGAGCGAUCGAGGCCUGCGGCUCCAGCAACGGCAGCAUCAAGUACAAGGAUGGCCCACCCACCAUUACUGAUGCCGGAGCCCAGUAG